CAUGGGACAAUACGUGAUAAUCGAACAUAUAUUAAAGACAUUCGGUAGCCAUUUAAAAGAGACUAUAUACCAUUUAGUCAUAUUGUGAUGCAAACUUGAAACGCCACAUAUUCUUUUUUGCAUUUAAAUUGAUAUUUCGCCGAUACAUAAAUCCGCAAAUACCAGGCGUUGUAAACUUUGACAUUACAGUUUUACUAUCAGGAUGAAACGCAUACUAAAACUUCCGUGUGUUCAUUAGAAGGUACGAAAAUGGCGUGUACUCAUACAAAUAUUACAUUUGCUGAAAGUGGAUACGAUAUUCCUGUGUUUGGUGCCGGUCACAGUUGUUUUUAUGUAAUUCACGUGACGGCCAUCGUCUGUUUGGUGCUAUCUUUUAGCACUGCGAUAUCAGUGAUUAUCUCCUUAUUCAAAUCAAAAGCAAGAAAACCAUUCAUGACAUGGCAAAAACAUGAACGAUUUUUGAUAUAUAGAUGCAUUUGCGAUACUAUAUUCGGUUUUGUUCAUAGUUUGGACCACGGACAGAUGCUUUUUACACAGGACCAUGUCCGACCUCGUGGACUAUGCUCAAUGUAUGCAGUUAUUAUAGUAAAUCUAUGCGUAUCUCAAAUGAACCUAUCUCUAUCGUCUGCCUUCAAUGCACUUUUAUCAGUAUAUUUUAGGAAGAAUUUUGAUUUUGGACGAAAUGACUGGAAACUGCUGGUGUUUAUUUUCUUGAUUCCUUUCAUAGUAGUGGUUGUUAUUUGGUCUUUGGGCGUAUUAGGUCCAGGUGGAUUUCUAUGUGUGUUUGAUUCUGUAAAAGGGAUAAUAGCCAACAUCGUGCUCAGCACAGGGUUGACCAGUGUGGUCUUGCUAGCGCUUUCUGUAUUUUAUGUUUUAACAUGGAGGCGAAUUUAUAAGGAGGCAGCGGUCCUUAGAGCUCAAAUUGGCAAUAAAGGAGUUGCAAGAAGUGCAACGCUUAAAUCUGCGAAGGCCAUGUGUUUAUUUGUAGUGUUUUACAUAAUUCAAUGGACACCCGUUAUCAUCUAUGGAACUUGGCAGGUGAUUUCAAAUGUUCCGUUCGAAUUAUUCGUAGCAGUUGUCAUGAUGACCAAUCUCAAUGGGGUUUUCAGCGGAAUACUUUAUUUAAUCAACAGAUCAAAGACAAAAUCGGUCUCAAACCACAACACAGGGAUGAAUGCGGACACUAUGAGAAGUAAAACAAAAUGUGCGUGCGCUGAACGAAAUAAACCAUUUACACCUGGUAACUUGAUGCGCAUAGAUUUGAAAGAUAAGAAGCACACGCAUGUCAGUGUUGUAGUAUUAAACAGAAACCCAACAACACAUGUCAGUUGAGUGUCAACAUGCUUGGGUAAAACAAAAGGAAAACAAAAUAUUUUAUGGAAAUGAAAUAGGGGAUGAUUAGCACCCAAUGUUGAGAUGUACGUAUUAUUCAGUUACUAAAACAAUACAUAGUAAGAAACUAUUUUGUUCAUUGUUAACCAGGAAAAUUCAAGCAAAUAAUGACCCAGAACCAAAACCUUAAGCGGUAACGAACGCAAAAUGUGUUGAAAUAACCUGUGAAGCCAAACAUUAAUUUCCAGUGUAAAUAGUGUACAGUGUUUUUGUCAUUGGUGGAGAAACAUAAGCUAAAAUUUGUUUUUGUCCCGGCUGAUAAGCCUGCCAAUAAUAUCAUUAUUGUUUGACGUAAAUUUUACAUUGAGGUUCUGCAAAAGGAAAUCACGAAUUCACCAACAUUCAAACUGACUUCAUUUUCGGAAAAAUGACGUCUGUAACAAACAUAAACUUUAAGCCACCUCUUUACAAGCAGAACCAAAUAUAAUGAAAGUUCCAACUGUGUACUGGAUUCCGAAGCUGCACAAAACACCUUACAAAUAUAGAUUUAUUUCGUCUUCAAGCCAUUGUUCCACUACUAAACUGUCUAUUCUACUUACUAGUACACUUGGUACAAUAAAAAACCUAUUAAUAAAUUGUUCAAAUAAGGCCUUUGAAAAUAGUGGAAUUAAUUACUUUUGGAGUGUCAAAAAU